AUGUCGCGAUCGUUUCUAGUCGAUUCGUUAAUCGGUGACAAAUCGACACCAGUGAAAAGUAACUCGUUCGAUUACGAACAGUUUACUCAAUUACCAGUGACUCCGCCGGCAACUCUACCUUACUCCCCAUGCUACGUUGGAAGCUAUCUAUUCUCAAUUGGAUUACAACAGCAGCAACAACAACAGUUGCAUAUGCCGCAUCUACAUCAUCUACCACAACCGCAUAACCUGUCGCUGGAUCUAUCACCCAAACUCUACCAGCCAACCGACGUCAAACCGCCAAGGCUUUCCCCCAAGGAGGAGUACUACCGCAAGCUGUACCGGUGCGAGAAAACCCCCGAGCGUUUUUCGCCAUAUCCAACGUCCCCACUGAACACCACCAAGCAUACCACCCUCAAAUCAUCGACUCCUUCGCCAACACUCACGGACACCCUGGCGUUCACCAUCGAUGACGAACUAUCCAGCAAGCGAAUCCGCACGGCCUUCACGAGCACCCAACUGUUGGAACUGGAACGCGAAUUCUCCACCAACAUGUACCUCACACGACUACGGCGGAUCGAGAUCGCCACUCGGCUCCGGUUGUCCGAGAAACAAGUAAAAAUCUGGUUCCAGAACCGACGGGUCAAGCGCAAGAAGGGCGAUGCCCCGAUCGUGUGCCCCAGUAUGGGUGCUUCCUCCGACGGUUCGUCACCUUGUGGCCAAUCAGUACAUCAGCAGAAUCAUCAAAAGUGUUGCUGCCAUGGAUCUUCCUGUGGAGGCGGGUCGGAUAGUGAGGAAGUGAAUGUUGAUGGUGAUUGUCAGCAGGAGAUCGAUCGUAAGCCCACCGUUGAACAAGUGCAGUUACUUCAGCAGCAUGCUUGGGAUUUUAGUAAGGGGUUUCAUUGAAAGGGGCUGAAAAUGUGAGCUUUUCGAAUUUACCAGUGAUUUGUAAAUAAUGUGUUAUAAAAUCAA